UUUUCUUCAGGUUGUGCAUCUAUGAUACGAAGCGACAGCGAUAAGCACCUCCAGGCACCACCACCGUCUCCCAUUCCAACCGGAAAAGGUUCUCGCUCUGCUGCCAACUCCAUCUUUACCAACUACCUCCACCACUCCCUCCAAGUUCCCGACCUCUCCGAAGUCCCUGAUCCCAUGACUACUCUAUCUUCUUCUAAUAAUGUGACGAUGUCGGCGCCUGAGCCCAAUCCAUACCCUCACGAGCCACAAGAAAUCAGCCUCCCGUCCAUAGAGUCUCGUGACACUGUGGUCGUGGAUCGCCUCCUCAAAGCUGCAAGGGAGUUUGGCACCUUCACCAUCACCGACCAUGGCAUCUCCACCGAGGUACUUCGAUCACUCGUCCAGAAUGCCGAGCGUGUUUUCCAGGUUCUGGAGGAUACUGAUAUGGGCCACCCGCCUCGUAACUUUGCCAAGCUCCGCGAGUACAAGGAGCAGAUCGAGUGGGUCCGCUCUGGUGAGGAGCGCAUGGAGUGGGCCCGCGGCUGGGUCGGCCGCGACGGUUCUCGCCACUUUGGGGAACAGAUGGAGAAGAUAGCGACAAAGCUAGAUGCGAUCGCGAAGCUGAUAUGUGAAGUGUUCUCAGAAAACUGGACAAAGAGGCAGUUCGGGAGGAGGUUUGAGGAGAAAGAUUCGAUUGUGCGGCUAUACAGAUACAACCGCGCCAGUAACGAGAGCCACGUGGAGUUGGUAAAUCAGCAACAACAGGCACAUGAUGACUGUGGUGGGCAUGCUGUGUGCCUCCACUUACCAGUCUCCCUCUCUCACUUCUUGCUUCAAUCUUCCCUAGGACUUCUCUCAUUCCAUGCCGGCCCUCACGCUCUUGUCGUCUCCGUUGGACGUCGCUUGCAGGAUUGGAGCCUAGGAGAUUUCAAGUGUAUCUCUGGUGAAGUGGUAUGCUCGCCGCAGCUAGAAGGAGGAAAACCCUCCUACUCCGUGGAGCUAAAGUGUUUGUCACUAAAUUUUGAUGUGAAUCGAUCUAAAAAGAAGAGUCUCUUUACGAUCUCCGUGAGGAAUCAAAUAAUUAUAGGGAUAGGGCUUGCUCUUCUAUAUAAACUUGUGGUUUAUGUGUAUACAACAUGGGAAGCUUAUAAACUUCAAAAUCUAUGAUAAAUUUUUUGGGGUUGUUUAGGGUUAUUUUUUUCUUUUAAGUGUACCCUUCUUAUUUCUUUUUCAGCUAAUGACAAGCAAUAGAAUUUUUUUUUUUUGCGUCUCCAUUGGAAUUAAAAUCUAAGCUCAAGUUUUGUAUAGUUAUAUUAGAUUUA